UUCUCAUCUGGCAAAUACAGUGAAACCAAGCGGUCGGAGUUCAUUUGCUCUAGAGGAGCAGCGAAGAGAGAGGACGUUAAAUAUAAAAAAGCAAGAACCAUCUGUAGCUUUUUUUCCCUGAUAGUAGCAGUGUUUUAGAGGUAAAAUGAUUCCUCCGAGCAGCAAGACUGAAGUCAGCGUGGAGAGUGUGGAGAAAGAGAAUGAAGUGGAGAGCACAGAGCAGCCCCCCUCUCCAGCAUCAACUACCAGCCAGGAAUCAAAGCUUCAGAAACUGAAACGAUCCCUCUCCUUCAAGACGAAAAGCUUGCGGAGUAAAAGUGCAGACAAUUUCUUCCAGAGGACUAAUAGUGAUGUGAAACUGCAAGUAGACUUGAUGCCUGAGGUGAGCACAAGCACUGGGCAACUCCCCAACUCAGAGAGCCAGGCAUCUUCGCCCACCAGAGCCCAACAGCUGCCAGAAAACAAGACUCACAUCUUCCAGGAGCACAUCUUCAAAAAACCAACCUUCUGUGAUGUCUGCAACCAUAUGAUUGUUGGGACAAAUGCUAAGCACGGACUGCGCUGUAAGGCUUGUAAGAUGAGCAUCCACCACAAGUGUGCAGACAGUAUCAGACAGCAGCGUUGCAUGGGCAAGCUGCCAAAGGGAUUUCGACGGUACUACAGCUCACCACUACUCAUUCAUGAACAGUUUGGCUGCAUCAAAGAAGUGAUGCCUAUUGCCUGUGGAAAUAAGGUUGACCCUGUGUAUGAAACUCUCCGCUUUGGGACUUCUUUAGCACAGAAAACCAAAAAGGGAAGUUCUGGAAGUGGGUCUGACUCUCCCAACAGAAACUCUACAGCUGACUUGGUGGAAGUUCCAGAGGAAGGCAAUAGUUCUGCGGGCACCCUUGACAUAAGCAGAAAACGCAGCAACAGUGUGUUUACAUACUCUGAAAAUUGCACAGAACACUUUGGAGAAGAACCAAAAAGUAUACAUUCCCUGGGACCAUUUUAUAAAAGCAUGUUACAUGUGAACACCUAUGUUGCCUUGUACAAAUUUGUACCACAAGAAAAUGAAGACUUGGAGAUGAGGCCAGGGGAUAUGAUCACACUUCUGGAAGACUCUAAUGAAGACUGGUGGAAAGGAAGAAUUGAUGACAGAACUGGAUAUUUUCCUGCUAACUUUGUUCAGAGAGUGCAACAAAAUGAAAAGAUUUACAGGUGUAUCAGGACAUUCAUUGGCUGCAAGGAACAGGGACAGAUAACUCUGAAAGAGAACCAGGUGGGUUCACUAGGCACAAGCCGUGACUCAAAACUUGCACUAAGGGACAGGUUGGUGGCAUCAGCUCAUCUAAAUAGGAUGAUGACAUGCUAAGGGUGAUGCACAGCUUGAGUUCUCUGAAACCUGGAUACAAUAAAAAGGGCUAAUCCUCAACAACAGCUGAUUCAUCGGGUGAAAUCCAAAACUCUGAAUGCUACCAUGUCCUCAUCUGGGAUUAUUCUGAAUUUACCCCCACGUAAGAAAAUCAAGAUCCAAAUCUCCAUACCACAACUUGUUGGUGAAAUCCUUGGCAGCAUACAUAGAAGGGGAUGAGAGCAAAAGUGUCCAUAGAUGGUGUUUUAUUCAGUGUUCUCUGAAAACUGCAGAAUUUGGAGCUGCUCCAGGGCUUUGAGAAGUUCCAGCAGCUGUCACAGACAGAGAGGCCUCCUGAGUUGCACAGGAUUAUGAAAGUGUGGCAUAUUGUGGCCGAGCUUACUCUGCCCCUGUACCCUACCCUUCCUUGGAAAGUAGUGGAAAAAAUCUCUGCCAUUUAGGGUCUGGCACACGCAAGGCUUAGUGUCUUUGUAUGAGAAAAUUACAGCUGGAAUUUGGGAGAAUUCAGGUGUAUCGGUAUGUAGAGUGAGAGUUCUCACAUUAAGGCACUGUACUCCUCAUGCCCAGUGAAAAUCUAAAGUUAUUGCUGUAGCAGAGUGCUCUCACUGAUAUCAAGGAACA